UCUCAUUAUCUCCUCUUCUUCAAUUCAAUCUCUCUCCUACAAAUCUACAAUUAAACAACACCAAUCAUGGCCUUGAUGCUGCGAUCUUCUCCUUCUUUCAUCAAUCUAAACGACACCAAGAGCCUCAAGCCCGUCGACGACUCCCCGAGCUCAGUUUCUUUCGCUCAUCAUCUCAAGCCGUCGUGCCGUCUCCGAGCAAGGAAUUCGAGCCAUGAUGGGCAGCACUCGCGCGAGAAGGCUUCAGUCUGUGAUGGAAGAAAGGACGAGAAGUGGGAGAGGCUCCAUGCAUUGGUAGGAGGUCAUAGCAAGAAGAGUAACAGAGUUGCUGUGUUUGUUAUGUUACCCCUUGACGCAGUAUCUCCAGGAGGCAGCCUGAACCGGCCACGAGCGCUGAAUGCCAGCUUGAUGGCCUUGAAGAGCGCUGGGGUGGAAGGAGUGAUGGUGGAUGCUUGGUGGGGAUUGGUGGAGAAAGAUGGGCCUCUGAGUUACAACUGGAGACCUUAUGCUGAGCUUGUGCAGAUGGUUCAGAAGCAUGGCUUGAAGCUUCAAGUUGUCGUGUCCUUUCAUCAGUGUGGAGGGAAUGUUGGGGACUCUUGCAGCAUACCUCUACCUCCAUGGGUGCUUGAAGAAAUCAGCAAGAAUCCCGAUAUUGUCUACACAGACCGGUCCGGCCGAAGAAACCCAGAGUACAUCUCAUUGGGCUGUGAUUCCUUGCCGGUGCUCCGGGGAAGAACACCAAUCCAGGUCUACUCCGACUAUAUGUGGAGUUUCCGGGAAACGUUCAGAGAUUAUCUCGGAGGAGUUAUUGUGGAGAUCCAAGUCGGAAUGGGCCCUUGUGGAGAGCUCAGAUAUCCAUCCUAUCCACAAACCAAUGGCACCUGGAGAUACCCUGGAAUUGGAGAGUUCCAGUGUUAUGACAAGUACAUGAGAGCAUCCUUGGAAGCAUCGGCUGAGGCAAUUGGGAAGAAAGAAUGGGGCAGAAGUGGGCCCCAUGAUGCCGGACACUACAACCAGUUCCCGGAGGAAACCGGAUUCUUCCGAAGGGAUGGAACAUGGAACUCCGAGUACGGCCAGUUUUUUUUAGAGUGGUACUCGGGGAUGCUGCUUGAACACGGUGAUCGAGUUCUAGCAGCGGCAGAAGGGAUAUUCAAGGGCACCGGAGCUAAGUUAUCCGGCAAGGUUGCCGGAAUUCACUGGCAUUACAGAACUAGGUCUCACGCAGCUGAAUUAACCGCCGGGUACUAUAACACCCGGCACCGAGAUGGCUACCUUCCAAUUGCACGAAUGAUGGGCAAGCGAGGUGUUGUAUUGAACUUCACGUGCAUGGAAAUGAAGGACUGGGAACAGCCAGACUAUGCAAAUUGCUCGCCUGAAGGAUUAGUCCGACAAGUCAAGAUGGCAUCCAAGACAGCGGGGACAGAGCUCGCCGGUGAGAAUGCGUUGGAGAGGUACGACGAGGGAGCAUUUGCACAAGUGUUAGCGACGAGUAGGUCAGAUGCAGGCAACGGGUUGUCUGCGUUCACACAUCUGAGGAUGAAUAAGAGAUUGUUUGAAGAGGGAAAUUGGCGAAAUUUAGUGGCAUUUGUGAAGAACAUGUCGGAAGGUGGUCGGAAUGACAAACACUCCGAGUAUGAUUCUGGUCAUACAAAGCUUUAUGUGGGUUUUAUUAAUAAAAGGAACACAAAGAGUCAGGAAGCAGCUCUGGUGUGAACUGUGAAGAAAAAACGUACCAAUAGUUCUCAGACGGUACACAAAUUAGGCUGUUACGCACUUGCGCCAAGCUGAAGGAAGAGAGAGAUGAAGAAGAAAAGAACACAUAUACUGUAGUUAACAUUGAACAUACAUAAAAUCAACAGAAAAAAAAAUGUAUCUACUUCUCCAAGCCAUGAAAGGAGAUAGUACUUGUAUUUAUUAGUGUAACUGAGUAGCUUUUAGCUGAAAGAGUAAUUUGGUGCCAUCAAUUUCAUUUAUAC